GGUUAUAGUAUUGCCUCAAUUCCGGAUCCAGUUGCCGCACAUGGUUGCCAACAUUUGAUCGAUGUUGAUGUGGCAUUCUGUGAAGUUAGACAUAAUAUGUUGGAGUCGAUUGAACGAGCUACUUGGGUGUUCGACUCUCCUCACGCAUUGUCCGGCAAGCACUCGUUUGUUGGGUUAAACUCAUUACGUCCUGAGCAGAGGCUGAUCGAACCUUGUACCACCUUCAACCUCAGCUCUUAGUCCAAUUUGAAAGGAGACUCGUAAUGCUGUGAAUUACAAGUGCGCGAGGUCAGAGCGCGACACUUAUUUUUUGAAGCUUUCAAGGAGAGUGGAGACUGGCAAGUGCCUUUUUUGCCCCAAAUUUAAUUGUCUCCCCAUUUUGAGUGUCAUGGCUAGCUAUAUAGCUCCAUUUCUUGGAGCCCAUAAACUCAAAUUUCUAAUCGAGAGAUAGUCAAGGUUGGAUAAUCACUAUGCCGCUCUAAGAAUGCCGUAUUGUGACAUGAUCGUGUAUUGCGUAGCGUAGGAGUGAUCGAUUAUCACGGAUGGGGGCUCAAGUAUCCAAGGAAAGGCUGGUGAAAAAGGAGAAACGCCAACUGAAGGAGAAAGUCUCCACCUGCGACAUCACUUUCCCAGGAUGCGACUUCCACCACCCUAACCACAAGGAAUGGAUGUCCACCCUCCCCCUCCAGAACCUCAAGCUCCGCGACGUCGUCUGGCCGGGCACCCAUGACUCUGCCACCAACAAGAUCGGCGUGCCAGGGAUCUCUCGCCCCUUCGCUCGCUGCCAAAAGCUCUCCUGCUACAACCAGCUCUGCAUAGGCGUGCGGGUGCUAGACAUCCGCGUGCAAGAAGAUCGCAGAGUAUGCCACGGCUGCCUCAAAUCCUACCUCGUGGACGUUGUCAUCAAUGACCUCAAAAAAUUCCUGGCAGAAACCAGCAAGGAGUUCGUCAUCCUUGAAAUUCGGACCGAGUUCAACUACAAGGACCCUCCCGCAUUCGAUCAGUGGCUCAUCUCGCAGCUGGGCGACCAUCUCGUCCCCCAAAAUGCCAGCUUCCUUGGCAGACCCUUGAUAGAGCUUCUCCCAAAGCGUGUGAUUUGCAUCUGGAGGCCCCGGCAAUCCCCGGCUCCAUCUCCAGGCUCCCCGCUCUGGAGCUCCGCAUAUUUGAAAGACAACUGGAUCGACACUGACCUACCGCUUACGAAGUUCUCUGUCAAUAUCACAAACCUACAGAAACACCCGCCUAACGAUCAGAGGUCGUAUUUCUACAGGGUGGAGAAUACUGCAACGCCGCAAGUUACAGGGCCUGUUCUGUGUGUGUAUCCUGUUACGAGCAGAAUUCGGGGGUAUGCGAGGUUAUUUUUGGCAGAGGUGUUCAAAGAGGGGCUGGGUGACCGGUUGCAGAUCUUCUCUGGGGACUUUGUGGAGCCAGAUUUUGUAGACAAUUGCAUUGGCGUCACGAUUGCUAGGAAUAACUUGCAGUUGGAGCAGUCCGAUGCCACUGGAUAGAGGGACGGCUGCUACAAUCGGAAAUGAGAGGCAGCCUUGGAAGGUCGUUGAGGGUCAUGGCGAUGGAGAAAACAUGCUAGCAACGUUGAUUCUGCUUCUGCUGUAAAAUGGUAUUAAAAAAUGUUUGGUCUCAGUAAGUAGAACAAAAGAUUGUUAUAAAUAGAGAUCAUUGUCUCAGGAUUCUUCUGAAUUGCUUGUACAGCUUCUCAAAUCUUUCGAAAUUCGCAUUCUUAUUCUCUAA